GUGUGUUCGGAUUCGAACUCUUACUAAGGAAGCAUUUACAUUGCAUGUAAGAAAAUCGCAAAUGCAAAAUCGAAGAUGAGUAAGAAAGCUUAAUUGGUGAAAUGUAGCUAUCCAUGCAAGAAAAACUCACAUAUUAUUUUGUCGCUCGCAUCCCUGAUUUCGCAUACAUGAUUUUUUUUUGCAUUCAGUGAAAUUGCUUCUAAAGUUUCACACGUGUCUAUAAGUUUGUCGGAUGCAGUUCCAUGUUGAGAAGAAUAAUCCCAAGAAACUGAAGCGGAAAGAUGUACUUCAUGAUUUAAAAACCUCGUAUGCUUGAAAAUUAUGAAUAUUGUAAUAAAAGUUGACAUGUUUUCGAGUGCUCAAAAAGACUUGCUUGUUUCAAACAACUUUUUUCCUCAAUCACAGCUGGUGAGCUUGCUUGUAUGAAUUAAAGGCAGUGAAAAUGAGUAUCUCAGAUACAUUUUUCUUCGCAAAUUAAGCUCACGUAUUUUCUCCGAAACUGUAACGUACAUAAACAAAACAAUUAUUUCUUGUUAAAUUGUUUGCUGAAUUAUUUUCUGUAUGAGUCUAAAACUGUAUUAAAAAAUAAGUGUUUUUAUUCAUUUGAGUCAAUGUUUUUAAUUGAGAAACUGUCAUUCUAUAAUAUUUAUGUUUCACUAUUAUUGAAAUAAAUAUGGCUGAACAGAAUCAUACUUUUAAGCAUUGUACUUCUCGUAGUCAAGAGAAAAGGGAACGUUUGAAAUUGAGCUUUGGUAAUUGUGGAAGUCGUAAGAACCCUUCUUUGUCUCAUUUUCCAGAUUGUCAUCUACCUCCUGUAGAAAGAGGAUGGGUUACUCACGGAAUGCAGAGUUCAGGAAAACUGAAAAUUUCUCCUGAAGUUACGUAUGAUUUCACAGCGGAUGAUCUCAAAGAUUUGGGUGAAAUCGGAAGAGGGGCAUUUGGAACUGUAAAUAAAAUGAUACAUAAAAUGAGUGGUACUAUAAUGGCUGUAAAGAGGAUAAGGUCUACAGUAGAUGAAAAAGAGCAGAAACAGCUUCUGAUGGAUUUGGAAGUUGUUAUGAAAAGCAAUGAUUGUAUCUAUAUAGUUCAAUUCUUUGGUGCAAUAUUUAAAGAAGGUGACUGUUGGAUCUGCAUGGAGUUAAUGGAUACAUCGUUAGACAAAUUUUAUAAAAUUGUGCAUGAGAAGCUCAAUCAAAGAAUACCAGAGAGUUUUUUAGGAAAAGUUACUAUGGCGACAUUAAAAGCGUUGAACUAUCUUAAAGAGAAAUUGAAUAUUAUUCAUCGUGAUGUAAAACCAAGCAAUAUCCUGUUAGAUCGUAGAGGAAAUAUUAAGCUUUGUGACUUUGGAAUUAGUGGCCAAUUAGUGGAUUCCAUUGCAAAAACAAGGGAUGCUGGAUGUCGACCCUACAUGGCGCCAGAACGAAUAGAUCCUGGUAGGGCCAGAGGCUACGAUGUUAGAUCUGAUGUAUGGAGCCUAGGCAUAACUUUGAUUGAGGUUUCAACUGGCAGAUUUCCUUAUCCCAAAUGGAACAGCGUUUUUGAACAACUCACUCAAGUAGUACAAGGCGACCCCCCUCAAAUAAGUCCUAACGAAAAUGGGAACACAUUCACACUAGAAUUUGUUAAUUUUGUUAAUACUUGUUUAAUUAAAGAAGAACAACAUCGGCCAAAAUAUAAAAAGUUGUUGGAGCAUCCGUUCGUGUUACGCUCCGAACGAGAAACAGUCGACCUCGCCGAAUACGUGGAGCGUGUUAUUGGCAGAGUUAGUAGCUAGUCUCUGAUAUUUCAAGACUUCAUUUCUAUAAACGAAUGGACUUUACUCAAAAUUGAGAAAGGAUAGAAACUAAAAAUCAAGAGAAAGAUUAUGUUAUAUCUUUUUUUUUUAAAAAAAAGAAAGAAAAAAUUUAAUUUUAAUAGAAGAUAAGAACAGGGAAAAGACUGUAUUGGAAGUGUACAGACUUCUAUUUUGCUGAUUAGUCUAGAAAACUGUAAAUGUCUUCAGAAAUUGUGACUCAGGAAUUAAUAGAUGAUUCAUAGCUAGAAAUUUAUUUAAAUCUACUUAUUGAUCCUUAAUAAUGAUAAUUAUAGAUUAAAUUGUGAAAAUUGUCAUUCUCAAGCAAACUUAGAAUCUAUAUAAAAAUGAUUUUAUAUAUAAAGAGAAAAAAAAAGCAUUUUUAUUGUUUUUUAAUAGUUAGCUAUUUUAUGGAGUGCAUUUAUCUUGUUAGGAGCACCUGAUCCUGUCUCUAUCCAAAUACUAUUGUAUUGUUUUUAGUAAGAUCUGAUAGUUCUUUAUUUGUCAUUUAGGUCAGAUUAGACUCUCAUUUGAAGCAUUUUACACCAUGAAAAAAAAAUUUUUUUUUAACUACAAAAUUUUACUUUUUCUUAAUUUGCCAGAUCAUGGGUUAAAAAUUUUUGAAAAAAUUUUCAAUAGAUGAGAAAAACCAGAAAUGCAAAUGGAUAUUAAUUUUCUCGAUAAAAGCAAUCGCGAGAAAUUGCUUUUUUAAAACUUGAAAUAUUAUAGGAUGCUGAGUGAGUGUUAUAUUUGUGCGUCAAUCAAAGGCUGUGGGAGUAAGGUUAAAUAUUUAUGUAGUUAUCGGGUUAUUCAAUUCAGGCAGAUACGCAUGGAAAGCCUGAAAUGAUUUUGUGAACUGCCACCUAUCCACUUUUGAAAUACAAAUUAUCUUUGUAUCGAAUGGAUCAUUGAUUACAUUUAUUUUAUCGAGUUAGAGUGGGUCACGUUCGGUUGUAAAACGAUAAAACAAAACGUGUGACUAUGAAAAUCUUUAUAACUUGAUAAAACAGCAAACAUAUAAAGUGAAUCCAUAACAGUUCAUUAACAGCAGUGUUUGAAGUCCGCCCUUCACAAAAACUUUUUGUCAUUCCACAUUCUCUCCAACUUUUCAUUCGACUUUUUUUCCUUUAAAAUAAUGUCAUUCACGAAUGAAACAUUUUUUUUUAAGAAGCAAAAAAGGAUGCUUAAACGAUACUAAAUCACGAUUGUAAAUUUCUCAGUUCUAAAAAUCACUUCAUUUGCCGUUAAAAGUGUUUUUUUUUAAUACUGGGAUGCAUUUUUAAAACUUGAACAAUAAUUUUUAUGAGAUUCAGAAUGGACAAGCGAAUGAGCUAUACAUGAAGGGAUGUUAUUUUACCCUUCAUCGAGUGAGCGAAUGAGGCAAUUUAAGACCCACAUUCUGAACAAAGAGGACAUGAACCCAUUAGUACAAGGGUAAACUAUUUUAGCUUCAUAGUCAUUAAACUAUUCGUUCCAAACCAAAAUUUUUACAUUUGAUUAUUAUUUAUUUAUUUCACUAAAAAGUAAAUUGAGAGCUUUUCGUUUACCGAAUUCUAGGAUUUAAAAAAAAUAAAGAAUCAUACUAGUUUGCUCAAAAGAAGGAAUAUGUCGUUUAUGUUCCGAAGUGAAUUUUAAAAAGGUGUAGUCGUGAAAGGUGAGGAAUCGAAGUUUAACAAAUGACUACUGAGGUAAGCAGGACUGAAAACACCUAUCUCUUUGAAGGAGGAAACAUGAUUGAAUAAGUGCUUUUUAAUGCCUUCCUCACAUCCUGCUGUCUAUUUAAAGAACUCCCCUCACCAUUCACAGUUUCAGUAACUAUGUUUAACUAUUUCAAGUAAGGCUGUUCAGUCAAUAUUUAAGGUAGGCUUUGAAGUCGGCGAGUCAAAGUUCUUGUUU